AUGAUUUCAAGUCGAAUUCUAGUGUUGCUGUCGUUCGGUGUAGCCGCUGUUACAGGGCGCUCUUCCAAACCCAACUUCAUCUUCAUCAUUACAGAUGAUCAGGACUUACAUCUGAACUCGCUCGACUACCAGCCUGCUGUGCAGAAAUAUUUCGCCCAGGAAGGUACUUGGUUCAAGAAGCAUUUCUGCACCGUAGCACUAUGUUGCCCGUCACGAGUAUCGCUCUUGACUGGGAAAGCUGCCCAUAACACGAAUGUCACGGAUGUCUCAGCUCCUUACGGCGGAUAUCCUAGAUUCAUCGAGGAAGGUUUCAAUGAUGCUUAUCUUCCCGUAUGGCUUCAGGAGGCGGGCUACAACACUUAUUACACUGGAAAGCUGAUGAACGGACAUUCCAUCUCUACAUACGAUGCACCACGAGCCAGUGGUUGGAAUAGUUCUGACUUCCUGAUCGACCCCGGAACAUACGUCUUCUACAACUCAACCAUGACACGUAAUCACGACGUCUACAGAAACUCGCCAGGAGAGUACUCAACCGACCUCGUAGCCAACGCCGCAGUCUCCUUCCUAGACGAAGCCAUCGCAGCACCAGACCGACCAUUCUUCAUCGGCGUCGCACCCAUAGCCCCUCACUCAGAAACAAUCACCAACCCACGCCCCACAAAGUUCAACCUACCCGUCCCCGCAAAGCGACACGAGCAUCUCUUCCCCGACGUAAAAGUACCCCGAACACCAAACUUCAACCCCUCCAAGGUACUACACUAUGUCCCCUCCCCCUCCGCACUGCACACCCCAUCUAACACCCCCAACCCCAUGCAGCCAGGAACAGCAUCCUACUUCUCCACGCUCCGCCCGCUCAACGCCUCAGAAAUCGCGUACAACGACGCCUGGUACCGCGCGCGCCUGCAAACCCUCCAAUCCGUCGACGACCUCAUCGAGUCCAUCAUGAACCGUCUGGGCGAACACCCCGAGGUGCUGGAAAACACUUAUCUGAUUUAUACAACCGACAACGGCUUCCACAUCAGCCAACACCGGCUCCCGCCCGGUAAAUCCUGCGGCAUAGAAGAAGAUAUCAACAUCCCCUUCUUCAUCCGCGGCCCGGGCGUUGCCAAAGGCGCAGUGAUGGAUAUACCGAGUAGUCAUACGGAUAUCGUGCCUACGCUGUUUCAUCUCGCUGGAGAGGGGUGGGAAGAGUGA